AAGCCGUUGGUGUGCUUAUAUGCUAACAUGCUAGCCCGGGAAGAUUUACCGGAUAAAAAAAACGGAAAAACAAACAACGAAACCGGUAGGCAAGGUUCCUCCGCGCGUGAAGAUCUGUCGCAGUGACUAAUGGGAAACCGAGGACAAAGUUUUAAACUUUAUAAACAGUCUGCGUUCGGCUGCUGCUAUCUUGCUAUCUGCUAGCUGCUAGCUGUUAGCAGUUUGUAAAGUUUCUGAGGCUGUGGAAGGAGGGGGGGUCCAUGACGGGGGAGGGAGUCCGGCACUCCCCGAUCCUAUCGGCCCUGUUCAGGAUGAGCGAGGACCCGGAGCUGCUGGGAGCUGCUGAGCUUAUCAAAGAGCGUCUGUACUUCGCCACGUUACGCAGUAAACCGAAGAGCACAGCCAACACGCACUACUUCUGCACUGAUGAUGAGUUCCUCUACGAGAACUUCUACGCAGACUUCGGUCCUCUGAAUCUGGCCAUGUUGUACCGAUACUGCUGCAAACUCAACAAGAAGCUGAAGUCCUUCACUCUGACCAGGAAGCGAAUUGUUCACUAUACAAGCUUCGACCAGAGGAAGAGAUCCAAUGCUGCCGUGCUGAUCGGAGGAUACGCUGUGAUCUACCUGAAGAAAACACCUGAAGAAGCCUACAGAGCUCUGAUCUCUGGAUCAAAUGCGUCCUACCUGCCCUUCAGGGACGCGUCCUUUGGAAAGUGCAGCUACAGCCUGACUCUGCUGGACUGUCUUCAGGGAAUCAGGAAGGCUCUGCAGCACGGUUUCUUUGACUUCGAGACCUUCGACGUGGACGAGUACGAACACUACGAGCGGGUCGAGAACGGAGACCUGAACUGGAUCGUCCCGGGGAAGUUUCUGGCCUUCAGUGGACCUCAUCCUAAAACUAAAGUAGAGAACGGUUACCCUCUCCACGCCCCCGAGGCUUACUUCCCGUACUUCAGGAAACACAAUGUGACGACUGUCGUCCGCCUCAACAAGAAGAUCUAUGAAUCCAAACGUUUCAGCGACGCCGGCUUCGACCACUACGACCUCUUCUUCCUCGACGGCAGCACGCCCAGUGACAUCAUCACACGCCGCUUCCUGCACAUCAGUGAGCGCACGGACGGAGCUGUGGCCGUCCACUGCAAAGCUGGUCUGGGCAGGACGGGCACUCUGAUUGGCUGUUACCUGAUGAAGCAUUACCGCUUCACGGCAGGUGAGGCCAUCGCCUGGAUCAGGAUCUGCAGACCGGGCUCUGUGAUUGGACCACAGCAGAACUUCCUGGAAGAGAAGCAGGCAGCACUGUGGUUACUAGGAGACAGCGAACGUUCCCAGAAGGCCAAGAUGCUGGAGGAGAGGGUGGUGUCUCACCUCAUCACCAGUAUGGAUGACCUUACUUUAAACUCCACCCACAACAGCAACAUGUGCAGAUCUCCGAGCUCCGACCAUCUGCAGGAGACUGAGGUGACGGACAGUGGUCUGGGUCUGACUCAGGGAGACAAACUGAGAGCUUUAAAGAGCCGGCGGCCCCCCCGCCCCGCCACCACCGGCGCUCUGAGAGUGGAGGAGAUGAAGAUUCACAGUAGAUCAGCCUCUCAGCCGCUCAGGUUGUCAAUGGGGGUGUGUCAGGGCCCCUCCUCCCCUCUCAAGUCCUCCAAGUUCCCAGCAUCCUCUGCUUCUGCUGCAGCCAAGAGGAUCGGGAGAAGUCCUUCGUCGUCAGCGUCAAACAUAAGGAGCUCGGCUCUCGGCUCUCGAUUGGCCAGCUCUCUCAGUGAUCUGUACGCCCCAGACAUGGAGGACAGCAGGAAGACUCCCUACUCCUCCCCUCCCCCCUCCUCCUCUUCCUCUGUGUCUCUCAGCCCCGCCCUCUCUACUCUGGUCCCGCCCUCUCUCGGUCGCUAUGGUAACAGCCUUCGCAGCAUGCAGCACGAAGUUAACAACAACAGCGGUCCAUACAGCAGCUCCACGGCGCCCCCCACAGGGAAAAGCUUCGUCCGACCAGGGCCCCAGGACUUCGGGCCCUACAGGGGCCCUGGGCCUUACAGCGCUGUGAAGGGCCCGUCAGGACGCUACCUGAGCCGCUCCAUACCUUCUCUUCAGUCUGACUACAUCCAGUACUAAAACUACACACCUGACCUGAAGACACAUUACCCACAAUCCUCCCUGACUACCCACAAUCCCUCCUGUGUUGGAUGCUCAAAGGGAAGCUGAUGACUCUCCGUCAGGACUGAGAGGCAGAGUCAGACUGUUUGUAAAUAUGAUGUAAUGUACACACGUGUGUUUGUCUGCAGAAGAUUUAUUUAGAUAAAGAAGAAGAUUUUAUAUUUGUGACUGAAGAAACUUAUUUUUGUUUUAAUGAAGAUCAUUUUUUGAUAAACAGAAGAAUCAGCUGACGAGGACUUCUCUGUUGUCAUGGUUACAGUGUUUACUUCUGUGUGAAGGACUUUUAUUUUGUAAUCAACAGCAAUAAUGAUGAUAAAUGACCAUAAUAAUGAUAGAAGAAGAAGAAGAAUAAUGUCAGCAACAAACUCAGGGUGUGUGGUCUCUGUCUCUGUCUCUGGUGGAUCAGUAGAUCUGAAAUGAUUAAUCAAUCGAUCAGUAAGUCGAUCAACAGGAAACUAACCUGCAUCAGUUUUAAUCAUUUUAAUAAAACACACCUGCAUCACACAGCCCAGUUUAACUGGUCCAAUUUAAACUAGUCCAGUUUAGCAGUCGUCUUCUAUUUAUAGCUGAUGGUUAGUAGAUUCUUGAUUAUUGAUUGGUAUUUUAUAGACUGAGUGAUUCAUGUUCAUGGAGGAGAAUCAGAUCCUGGUUCCAGAUAAAUCAGAGCUGAAAGACUAGUGAUGACAGGUGUGUGACAACAGGUGUCUGAGCAGACUGUUGUCAUUAUAACCUGAGUCCAGAAUCUAACAGAGACUGGGUUUAAGUUGACAGAUCCUGAACAUUUUUAAUUUGACCUUUGACCUGUGUGUUAGUGAUCAGCUGAUCUAAACUGAUCAUGAAUUUAAAAACUUCAGGUUCACCAGGGACCAGAUCAGAGUCAAAACCAGCAGCUGUGAUCAUGAUGCGUUCACUGACCAGUGGCACAAAACGCAUCACUGUACAUCACAUUCAUGUGUGAGGGAAAAAUUCUUGUUGGUUUAGAUCAUGUGACACUUCACAUGUCUGAGUGACCACAGGAGCCUGCCCCAGAUUGGCUCAGACCAGCUGACAGUGUGUUCAGGUGUGUUUGUGUAAUAAGAGAAGAGAAAGUGGGUUUUUCUCUUCUGAUGGAGCUAGGCUAACAGUUUUCCCGUGCUUCCAGUCUUUAUGCUAAGCUAGGCUAACUGUUUCCCCCUGCUUCCAGUCUUUAUGCUAAGCUAGGCUAAUCAGGUCCAGGACCCAGAUUAAACUGAUCUGAACUCAGAGACAAAAUGGAACAAGGAUUUACUGAAAACGAGACUCUGAAUAUCUGUCAGCUGAUAUGCUGUCAGGACAUCAGCUGAUCCUCCUCAUGUCCAGGUGAUUCACCUGCUGACUGUUCAGAGCUCUGAUUGGUUGAAACAGCUGAAUGUUGAUGUCAGGAUGUUUAAUGUCAGUCAGAUCGAUCAAUCGAUCAGAAAAUAUUUUUAAUAUUGAGUUUUACCUCUGAUGAUGAUGUCACCAGCAUCCUGUCACACGGACACUUUCAAAAUAAAAGCUCCAAGGAUCAAGACAGAAAAAUUAGGUGUUAAAAUGGAACCAGAACCAGUCAGAUGUUGUUAGGUUUAGGUCCAGUGCAGGUCCAGUUCAGAAGUCAGAGUUCAGUUUGUAAAAACCCGAAGUGCCUCCAACCUGUUGAACUCAUGUUUCUGAUGUUUGCAGAGGGCUUUUAUUUUGUUAAUUGAAGUAUUAAAAGUCUUUACUGAUGAAGGGAAACAUUUUAAUCAGCGUGUCGCUUUAUUUUAACAGCAACAAAUAAAAUAAUUUUCUGUUUCA